AUGGCGCGACGGUACGAGCUCGAUGAGCUUCUAUGGCUGCGCAACUCACCCCUUGCCACAAAACCUCCCGGUUUACCUCCCAUCGAAGAAUGGAUGCCUCAACCGGAUCCUACCACGCAGCGCAAACAACAGAACACUCGCGAUCCUAAUAACCCAAACGAAACACCUACAACCACUAACCGACGACCGAGCUUCUUUGAACCUCGUCAUAUCGCCCGAGGCUCCACUUCAGGUGCGCUUGUGCCCACUGAAGACAUCAUUCUCGGCCCCCCUAAAACCGCCUUUGCAUCAUCGCGCAUCGGUGGUAAAGGAUCAUUCGACCUGACAGAGCGGUCCGCACGACCAGCUGAGACAGACGAGAAGAACGAUCGAUUCAAUUUCCGAGAUCGAUUCUCGAAAGAGAAGGAUGUCCCAGAGAAAGAUCUGGACCGGCGCGAUGUGAAGCCGGGUCUAAAUGGCCGGCGCGGGGACAAGGAGGACUGGAAUGCUGGACGCCCACGUCGCACCUUCGGCCCCGAAGAACAAGAUCGCAAGCCACGCCGAAAUGGAGAAUUUGAUCGAUGGGAAAACCGAGAGAGUGCACGAGACCCCAAUGUUGAACGGGGAACUCCAAACAGAGACCCCCGCUUCUUGAAGAAGGACGGCACCCCGGGACGGACCAAAUAUGAUGGAAGCUGGUUCCGCGACGAGCAUGCUCAUGAUGGUACUGAAGUUGAUGAUGAUAAAAUGGCGCUUCGCAACCGAGAAUGGCGUCGUGAUCGACACGGUGCGGAUCGCGACUGGAACCGAGGAGGCAAGAUGGAGCAGGAGCCGGAAUGGUUGGACAGCAAUGACCGAGAUGAACCUCGACGGGCACACACACAGGAAGAGUUUGAGCGUUGGAAAGUGGCCAUGAAGGCUGGCUCUGGUGGUGCUGCGCAAAAGCCCUCCAACUACGAAGAGAAGAGAGAAGCACCCGUCGAAUCUGAUACUCCCCAACAACCGGAGACUCGCCGCACCGACGGAGAGAUCUUCAGCCAGUCAGGUCCCCAAUUCAUGGAUGAUAACUCGAUGGACCGAUUCUUUGGCAUGCUAGGCGAUCCCAAGCCUGCACCCCAAGAAGUUAGCCCGCCAGCUCCUGUUGAACCGGCCCCAAUCAAGGAACUAGGGAUCCCUAGUGGGAAGCUUGGGAAGUCAUCUCGGUUUGCUGGAUUGUUCAGUCCUCCACCCGACAGUCCUUCCAGGGGCCCCGAGCCGCAGCCUUUCCCCCAGACUCAGUCCGGAGGUACCCCAGUCAGUUCCCACAGCGACGCUGACCAAGAGGGUUUCCAGCGAAUUCUCCAAAUGCUUGGUGGUGGCGGUGGCCGAUCUAACAAUAGCACCCCCAAUCAGGUAGAUUCAUCGCAUCAAUCGCGAUCUAUGUCAAUGAUGCCCGGGGAGCAGACACGUGGCCCCAUGAACAUGUCAUCUCCGGCGCUUUCACGUCACGAAUUUGCCAGCCCUCCACAGGAGAAUCCUGUGGCCCAGUUUGCUGGUAAAGAACACCAGUCUCGUGACAGGGAAAACCUACUCCGUCUGAUGCAACAAGUUCGGAUUGGUCCCCCAUCCGCCGGCCCGCCUCCUGGUCUGGUGCCAGAGAUGAUGAGCCGCCCUCCGCCGGGAUUGACUGCCCAGAAGACACCAACCUUCCUGGAUGAUCCAGCAAUUGCCAAUAUGCAGCGGCCAGAUAGUGAGCAACUCCGACGCCGAGCGCCCAAUGGACCUCCUAUGGGAUACUUCGAUGAUGGGCAUUUCCCACAAGGCAACCAGGGCCCUAUGACUCCUGGAGGGUCUCGACACCCCCAGGGUCCGAAUCAGCAGCCCCCGAUCCUUCAAAGGCCUCCAGGUCUGGAGCACCUGCCACCUCCCGGAUGGACCGGUCAACCACCCCCUCAACAAGCAAAUGGACCUAUGGGUCCCCCACCCGGAAUUCCCACUCCCAACCGCGGCAUGAACCCUAACUUCCCCCCUGGAAUGAUGCCAAUGCCUGGAGCCCAGCCCCCCAUGAAUGAGCGACAGGGCUUUCCUCGCGGCCCUCCUCCCGGCAUGAUGCCCCCGCCUGGAUAUAUGGGUGGCCCCCCACCACCUGGGUUCCCUCCAAUGCCACCUAACCCAGAGGUUAUGAUGGGGCUUGGCCCCGGCAGUCAGGGACCAUUUGGACCCGGAAACCCGGGACCCCAGGGUCCUCCUCCCUCAUCUCGUCUUUUGCUUGACAUGUUUGGUCAGCCCAACGGUGGUGACAUGCGAGGUGGCAUGGUUGGCCCUGGUCACUUCCGGUAA